AUGCUCAAUCAAAUUCUUGUCAAGUGUAAAUUAUGUGGUCAAUCCAACAUACAACGUGGUAAUUUUCAAGAUCAUAUUGAUAGAAAUUGCCCAAAAACGAUUGACAGCUGUUCCAGUACUAACUUAUAUAAUUUAUGGAAUGAAUUACCUGGGGAAAUGGAAACUUAUUCAAGUACGUGCAAAUCGGAGCUAUCUGGCUAUGAAUUAAUAGAAAGUAAUACAAUGACCCCGCGGUUAGGAAUGACCGAACAUGACUCAAUCUUUCACGUACAACAGAUAAAUAGCAAUAUAAUUAUUAUGCAUGUGAAAAGUGAACGGAAUCAUCUUUCAAGUCAAGAAAUUGCAGCUGCAUCUAGAGAAGUAAUUAUUAAUAAAGAAUGUACUCAUCUCAAUCUAUUCGAUCAUCCAAUUUUGCUAGAAAAUGUAUCACUGAUAGGUUCGGCAUUAUCUGCGAAUACUUUAUUAACAAGCUUAGAACUUGGAAAAUGUUCUCUGUAUGAUUCAGGUGUUCGAAUUCUUGUUGAAAGUCUUUCCAUGCAGAAUUCUCUUAAAUGCCUUGAUCUUUACGACAAUUCUAUUACAGAUAUUGGUGCUGAAUAUUUAGUUGAAAUGUUAAGAACAAAUAAAUCUUUAACUCAAUUGAAAUUGGCGUACAAUAAAAUUAGCAAUGAAGGAGUGGAAAUAUUGGCUCAUGUACUCAUUCACAAUAACUCAACGCUCAAACGUUUGAGUCUUGCAGGAAAUAAAUUGAUAGAUGAUUCAUCUAGUGAUUCAAUUUGCAAUAUAAUUAGACUUAAUUAA